AUGGAGGGACCAAUUCCGCCAAGAAGCAAACCGCUGUCGUAUGAUGCCUUGAAAUCGGUUAUCAAGUCAAUGAGCGUCGAAAAAAGACAAGAGCUCCAUCAUCACCUCCCAAGCCUCCGUGCCACCAAUUCCGUUCUUCCAUAUAUAAUCGAAGUUGUAAGAAUCGAGCCGAUUUCAAUAAACAUUGACUGGAAAGAAUGGUAUAUUAUCGAACACCCACGAAUAUGGUAUCGUGAUGAUGAUGAUUCAAAUGAUGAUGAUUCAGAUAAUGGCGAUUCAAAUCAGACAACUAUCUCGAUUUCUUAUUCUCAAAAAAGUACUCCAGAUUUCCAUGUGAAGGAAUCUGUUGAUGAGGUAUUUGAAAAAAUUUUCAAUGUCUACCUCAAAAAUGGUUCCACUAUCCAAUAUUUUGAUUUUUGUCAUGUUCCCAAGUUCUUGUGUGAAAGAGAUGGAUCCGAUGGUUUGAAAUUGAACAUCUCGACACUCAUAAUGGAUAAUGGAUUCGACAAUUUUGAUGCCUUUAUUCGGUUCGUGAAUUUGGACACGUUGGAAAAUAUUUAUCUUCCUUUCGAAAAUAAAUUCAAUGAACACGGAGAGCUGUUUGGAAUGCUGGAAAGGCCAGAGAUCAUCAACUGCAAGAAUCUCGACUUCUUCGUAACGGUUCCUGAAACACCCCCCAUCAACUUCAUCACCGGUCUCAGAAACCAAAAUCUGGUAUUAAAUCACAGUAAGUUCGAUGUCAAUGAACUUCGUAACUUGAUUGAGAACUGGAAGACUUCCGAUCGACCAAUCGGCACAAGUUUCUGUUUAUGGUCCUAUACACUAUACGAAUACAAUAUAAAAGAAAUGUUCGAUUCAUUGAAUCUGCAAGACACUUUUCCAAUUGAAAUUCAACGUGAUUCAACCGAUAAGCCAGGAAUUGGUAUGACAAUAGACGAUAAUCGAGAUCUGGUCGUGUAUCAUUGUCAACAUCUAAAUGGAAUAAUGCGCUACCCAGCACUGAAGAUGGAAGUGAUUGCGAGUGGAUCGGAGAAGAAGAAUGGGGAUUCCGAGCCAGAUGCCUCAGCCUAA